GGGAGGGUUCUGGGAAAAGAUGGCAGCUUCCUUUUGUUCAUGGGGAUUUGCUCAACUCGGAGGAGGGAUUUAAAGACAUUCUUCGGUGGCUCUUUAGCCGCAGAGUCGUGGCUUGGACUACCAGUUAUUCAAACGCUUGAAGGAGAACAUGGAGAAGAGCGGGAGCAUUGAUAGCUUGGGCUCGAAGCGCUCCUCUUCCCGACAACCGAGUGUUGAUUCAUUGUCCAGCACUUCCACCUCUCGCUCUGACCGCUCUGCCCAGGCCAAACCACCAUCUACUAUGUCCUCUGAUUCUGUGUCCACCGCAGAGUUUUCCCCAGAGCUCAGGGUCAAGCCCAAAACGUCUGCCAAGCAGACCAUCAGAGAUUCAGACAAAGAGCCACAGUUACUUCCAAAUGAAACAGUGCAAGACAUUGCCCAAGAUGUCACCUACUUCUGUCCUUUCACUGGAGCACUGAGGGGGACUGUGACUGUUACUAACUACAGGCUUUUCUUUAAAUCCAUGGACAGGGAGUCAACAUUUGUGUUGGACUUACCCCUUGGGGUACUGAGUCGUGUGGAAAGGAUUGGAAACAAUUUGAGCCGUGAUGUUUCCUAUGGGCUGGUGUGCAAAGAUAUGCGUAAUCUACGAUUUGCACACAAACAGAUGGAGGACACACUCAGGAAGUCCAUUUUUGAAGUGCUGAUGAAAUUUGCGUUUCCUGUUUCCAGCGGGCUGCAAAUCUUUGCCUUUGAUUAUGGGCAAGCGUUUCCUGAAAAUGGAUGGAAGGUGUAUGAUGCUCUCUCAGAGUAUAAGAGACAGGGUAUACCCAAUGAAAGCUGGAGAAUAACUAAAGUAAACGAUCACUACGAGCUGUGUGACACAUAUCCAUCAACGCUGGCAGUACCUGUUAACAUACCAGACGAGGAGCUGAAAAGAGUAGCUGCCUUUCGAGCAAAAGGAAGGAUACCGGUGUUGUCAUGGAUCCAUCCAGAGAGCCAGGCCACAGUGACACGCUGCAGUCAGCCAAUGGUUGGGGUGAACGGGAAGCGCAGUAAAGAGGAUGAGAAAUACCUGCAGGCAAUCAUGGAUGCUAAUGCUCAGUCCCAUAAACUCUUCAUUUUUGAUGCCAGGCCCAGCGUCAAUGCCGCUGCCAACAAGAUGAAAGGGGGUGGCUAUGAAAGUGAGGAUGCCUAUCAAAAUGCUGAGCUGGUUUUCUUGGAUAUUCACAAUAUCCACGUGAUGAGGGAGUCGCUCCGCAAGCUGAAGGAAGUGGUCUACCCCAAUAUCGAGGACUCCCACUGGCUCUCCAAUCUCGAGUCCACUCAUUGGCUUGAGCACAUCAAGUUGAUCCUGGCAGGAGCGCUGAGGAUCGCAGACAAAGUGGAGUCUGGAAAAACGUCGGUUGUGGUGCACUGCAGUGACGGCUGGGACCGCACAGCUCAGCUCACUUCCUUGUCCAUGCUCAUGCUGGACGGUUACUACCGCACCAUUCGUGGCUUUGAAGUGUUGCUCGAGAAAGAGUGGCUGAGCUUUGGUCAUCGCUUCCAACUGCGCAUUGGUCACGGCGAUAAGAAUCACACAGAUGCAGAUCGUUCACCGGUUUUCAUUCAGUUCAUUGAUUGUGUCUGGCAGUUGACUCGUCAGUUUCCUGCAGCCUUUGAGUUUAAUGAAUAUUUCCUGGUGACUAUCCUGGAUCACCUGUACAGCUGCCUGUUUGGGACAUUCUUGUGCAACAGUGAACAGCAGAGGUUAAAAGAAGAGAUUCCCAAGAAGACAGUCUCAUUGUGGUCCUAUAUUAACAGCCAGCUGGAGGACUUCACCAAUCCUUUGUAUGUGAACUACUCUAACCAUGUGCUCUUCCCAGUAGUCAGCCUACGCCACCUGGAGCUUUGGGUUGGCUACUACAUUCGCUGGAACCCUCGCAUGAGACCUCAGGAACCAAUUCAUCAGCGCUAUAAGGAGCUUUUAGCAAAGCGCGCCGAGCUGCAGAAAAGGGUGGACGAGCUGCACCGAGAGGUGGCCAAUCGUUCGGCUUCCUCUGCCUCUGAGCGUCCGGGCUCGCCCACACGCUCCAUCACUCCGGUGCAGACCUUCGUUUGACACUACUUGACCCUCAUGAUGGUCACAGAAGCUGAAUCCUACCUGUGAGAAGGUGUCAUACAGCAGUAAUCAGCCGCAUUGAUACACUACCACCAAGAAUAAGAAUAAGCAGUAGCUGUUACCGUAUUUGCAUCUCUCACAGGUCAUGUAGAGUCUGCUUGCAACAGAAGUGUCUGUCUCAGACCACCUGCCUACAGCCAUAUGUAUUCCUCUUCUGGGGUUGAAGGACUGUUUAGCAUAUUGACCUACCUACAAUCAGUGUUUGUUUUUAAUUACACUAAAUAUUAGAGUUGAAUGUUUAUGCCUUAUGUACUUUAUAGGAACAUUUGCCUCAUUCCUUGAUUUUGAUUUGAAAGCACUAUAACUGAAUCAACUGUGAGGCCGUGCUGCAAAAGUGAUGUUUUUUAUUAUUAUUAUUAUUUUCUGCAAGAAAGUGAGGACUAAAACCAAUUGAUGCAUUGAUGAAUAUUAAAACUGAAAUGUAACUUAAGGGCUGUCAUGUUAGCUUCCUCUAAUAUUAAAAAAGUAGUUACAGAAUGCAUUAAAAAUCAGUUAGGGUUAGCUUCACAAAUCUUUUUAGAUUGUUGUAUGAUGACAUUUAUCUCGAGUGGUUUAUGUUUUGUAAGUUUCCUUUUUUCUAACUAGUUAACAUUAUUUAUUAUCUUUCAUUCCAGAUGUGUAUUUAUAACUCACAGACAUCCUCUGUCUCAUGUCAUAAAUUGAUUAGCAGUGUUUCCAUGCAAUAUUAAUAAGCUGCAAAGAUUAUGCAAUAGCUCAUUUGUCCCAGUAGUCAUAUGGGAACAAUUCUUGCAGAUGCUUUUUUAAAGCUAGUAUCAGCUGAUGUUUUAGGUAGCAGAAUGUGUAACUGCACAAAUAUGGGCUUUUUAUGUAGUUUAAGGAAUCUGAAUAAGUACCUGUGCCUUGUCCUGAAUGAUUGGGAAAAUCACAAAAGAAUAAUGAGCAACAAUAAAUAUAGUUUCAGCCUUUAGCCUUCUCACUACAUAUUCAGUUACUUGCAAUAAUAUCCCAACUCAAGGAUUCAGUAUGGUUUGUGGCAUUGCUAUAUUUGUUUGGGUUUUUGCUGUUAGUGUUUCAAAUAUUAGCCAAACUAACAACACUAGCUUUAUUUCUGAUUAUGAGCUUGCCAUAAAUAUAGGACAAAGAGUGCCUUUUACUGUAAAUUAAGAAGGAUAAAAGUCUAGAAUUUACAGUGUGACCAUAGGGUAAUUAAUACCAAAUUACAAUCUGAAAACAAUAGUACAUUCAGUCUGUUUUAUGUUUAUAUAUUAGCUUUAAGACAUCCAUCACCCAUUAACAAAUUCUUAGUGUGAUUUUGCAUUUAAUUCAUGCAGCUAUAUUUGUAUGUACAUCAGUGCUGCCACUGAUAUUGGUCAUUGCUAUCCUUUAUAACUGCACAGCCUCAAAGUCACACCAUUCCACUUGGUUAAAAAGAGGCUGAAGUCCUUUAUGCACUUCGUUAGAUCAGAACUUGAAUUUGGAAAUUGAUGUAUUGCAGGCAUCAGGAAUAUCCGACUGUACUGUCAAUUGCCAGUGUGUUGAAACAUUUAAUAAAAGUGCUGAUGCUAUGUA